CCUUCUCUCUCUCUAAAAAAGGCCCUCCCCAAUUCCCCACCCCUUGUUCUCGUGCUUGAUACAAAUCCGGAAUCCUAAUACGACUGGAGCUCCACUACCAGGCGGAUUAUUGGUUCAGGUUCAGUUGCGCGUAUAUAUGCAGCGGCACAGACGGAUCUCCAACCAACACCCACGUCAACUUUUUGAGGAAUCGGAGAUUUGUUAGAGCGCUUUGUUCAUAGGGAUUCGUAGUUCGUACGCCCAUCUAUCGAUUAGCCAUGGCCUUGCGAUUCUUCCUCAAGAAAACCUACCACCCGUUGGCCAGAUCAGGAGACCUCCUACACGCGUCUGCUCGGGCGGCGGCCGCCGCCGCUCCGGCUGCCGGACGUAUCUCGACAACAAGGUACUUAAGCAUGUCACCAUGCCAUCAUGCUGCUGCUGCGAAAAUAAGCAACCCCAAAACUGGCAUGCCCUCAAUAAAUAUCAAUUACAUGAAGUCGGUAUUAGUGGACUCUUCUAGAAGGUCAAUGCAAACUUCUUCGACCAGGGCAACCAUGAUAAAUGUCGAGCCAUCUUCGGCAUCCCAACUCGCAGAGUCAGGAGCUAGCUAUCGAAGAUUUUUGAAGAAUGUUAGGCUCUUCGCCUGUGGUUUGAGCUUGGUGUGGGCCAUUACGCUAUACUCUGUAUGGUCAAAGCAGAAUAGAUGUCCUUGCAAUUGUCAAUGUCGCCAUUCAAAAUCCUCUAAUAUGAAAAGAGGGGGUCAGGUAGUUUGAGUCGGCGGCCGCCUUUUUGCCUGUGGUCGAGUUGAAUCGUUCUCCCUAUUAGGUGGGUGAACGAAAAUUUAUGCAUUGUCUUUUUUUACCGAGUCAUCCACGUAUAUGUGAUCAUGGAAACAAGAAAAUAAAAAGGGUGUGGACGUCGGAAAUGAUCUAAAA